AUGAUUUUCACUCUGCUCAGUUCGAAUCCAAGCAUGGGAGACCACGGUCUCGUAAGGACCCCCAUUUUGGUCAAAUGGAAUGCUCCACCUUCUGGAUGGAUGAAAGUGAAUACGGAUGGUAUGGCUUCGGGCUCUCCGGGUAAUGCGGCUAUUGGACUUCUUUUCCGAAAUGGCGAGGGUAAAGUGGUCUUCUGUUUUUCGGCUACUAUUGGUAUACGAUUCGCUUUUCAGGCGGACCUUCUUGCGGCCAUCAGAGCUAUCGACCGGUACUUCUUCAUUCCGGGGAAGAAGGUGAGGAUCGAUAUAAUUGAGGAGCAGAGGUCAAUUACAUCGAGCCUGUCGGCUUUACGAGGCCUUCCGCUAGCCAGAGGUCUUUGUCGGGGUCACUAUUUCUACAUCAGCAGGUCUUUCUCAUCGAGCUGGGUCGACCUUGUCCGCCUUUAUCUUCAACGGCGGAUUGGCCGAUGCGUAUGUGUCUGGGUCAGAGUUGUUCGUUCGUUCCUUCGGAAGGAGUGA